CGUCCUACUGUCUCGUCAUCGUCAACGAUUCUCGAAGUUCGAACAGCUCCUCAAAGAUUUGUGUUCACUUCCUCUCAAUCUCUCAUUGCUAUUUCCACAUCUCUCCUGUUGACACUUCAUUCUGCUUCUGCUUCAAACAAAAACACAACGAAUCAAAGAUAUGUCGAUCAUCCCCAGCAUCUUCGGUGGCCGACGAUCUAAUAUCUUCGAUCCCUUUUCUAUGGAUUUGUGGGAUCCAUUCCAUGACUUCAGCUUCGCCACUGCUCUCAGCAUUCCUCAAUUCUCGUCCGAAACAGCAACUUUCGCCAAUGCCCGCAUCGAUUGGAAGGAGACCCCAGAAGCCCAUGUCUUCAAAGCCGACCUUCCUGGGCUCAAGAAGGAAGAAGUGAAAGUUGAACUGGAAGAAGGCAGGGUCUUACAUAUCAGUGGAGAGCGCAACAGAGAACACGAAGAGAAGAACGAUAAGUGGCACCGCGUCGAACGCAGCAGCGGCAAGUUCCUUCGUCGGUUCAGGCUGCCGGAGAAUGCCAAGGUGGACCAAGUGAAGGCGGCUAUGGAAAACGGAGUUCUCACUGUAACUAUCCCCAAGGAAGUGGUUAAAAAGCCCGAAGUCAAGGCUAUUGAAAUCUCUGGAUAGAAUAAAUACUGUAAUGCUCCCAUCUGCUGAUGAAUGCGUCGUCAGUUAAAAUGUAGUACGAGAUGGGAUGAUAUGGCUUUUUCUGUAUAUGACUUGUUUGAUGUACUGUGGAACCAAAUUAGCCAUUCAGAAAGACUUGCUUUUGUAAAACCUCGUUUUUUGAUGUAAUGAAAAAAUGGCAUGUAAGGCUUUUCAAUUUUAUGAAAUUUGAAAUCCUUUGUGGUUGUUUCAAUUCAA